UCUUUGAAACGUAAAAAAACUUUCCUUCAAAUUCCUUUCUCCCCAUUAUAUUUAUAAUCAUGACCAUUCUCUUUUCUCUUUGCAACAAAUCAAAAUCAUCUCUCUUUUUACUUCUUCUUCUUCUUUAAUUUCUUCUCUCUCUUUCCAAUGGAAGAAGCUGCUGUUCCUCCAUAUUUUAUUUGCCCAAUUUCACUGCAAAUCAUGAAAGAUCCAGUUACAGCCACCACUGGAAUUACUUAUGAUCGUGAAAGUAUUCAGAAUUGGUUUUUGACCUCUAAAGACGAUGCAAUCUUUUGCCCUCUCACCAAGCAAUCUUUGACCAAAGCUUCCGACUUGACACCAAACCACACGCUUCGUCGCCUCAUUAAGUCUUGGAUGGUUGAGAAUGCUUCCUCCGCUGGUGGAGAUGAUCAAAUUCUAACUCCUAGACCACUUUUAGACAAGACCUGUCUCCGGAAAAUCUUGCGGGAAGUUGCUGCUUCCGAUGAGCGGCUUCGGAUCGAUUCCGUGAAGAAGCUUCAUGCUUUGGCUAUUGAAAGUGAUACGGCAAAUCGAGGGCGUAUGGAGGAGGUCGGCGUGGCGAAGGGGAUGGUCUUGUUUGUUAUAAGACGUUUUAGGGAAGGAAGAGUUGGUGGACUUGAGGAAGCUUUGAAGAUUCUUAGUCUACUUUCACAUUAUUCAAUUUCUGAAACUAGAGUUCUUGAUUUUUUUGAAUCAUUGACUUGGGUUUUGGGUUUGGAGAUGGAAAAUCACAUAAUAAUCAAAAGCUACGCCAUUGAAGUGUUGAAGAAAGCAACCGAUGUGGCUCCCUCCACCAUUCUCACCCAAAUAAACAUUGAGUUCUUCAAAAAUAUCACAAAUCUCUUGAGAGAGAAAAUCUCAAAUUCAUCUCUUAAAACAACACUCACUAUUCUAACAAACAUAUGCCCCUGUGGACGAAACCGAGUCAAGCUUGUUGAAGUUGGGGCAGUUUUUGACCUAAUCGCACUCGAGCUCGAGAAGCCAGAGAAGAAGACAACCGAGCUCAUCUUCAACCUCUUGGCCCACCUAUGCUCCACGGCAGAUGGGAGAGCAGAGCUCAUCCGCCACGCUGGAGGCAUCGCGGUGGUUUCGAAGAGGAUUCUUAGAGUUUCGAUUGCAACUACCGAUCGAGCUAUUCAAAUUCUAUCGUUGAUAUCAAAACACUCCGCUAGGAAGGAUGUUCUUUUGGAGAUGUUGAGGGUUGGGGCAGUGUCAAAGCUUUGCAUGAUGAUGCAAUCUAAUUGUGAAGGAUACUUGAAGGAGAAAGCUAGAGAGAUUUUGAGGAUGCAUUCAAAUGUGUGGAGUAAUUCUCCAUGCAUUGGGGUUUAUGUGAUGACUAGAGACCCUAGAUAGUUGAUAUAGCUUCAAAAUUAUGAUCAUUUAUUUUUAAGUAUCAUAUCUUUGCAAUAUUUUUGGACGCUUUCCAAUUUUUUAUGAGCAACUGUGAAAUUUUGGCAGUUGGGCAUAAAAAGUUUCCAAAGUUUUAAUCCAAUUAUAUGAAAUUUUGUUACAAAUUUCUUUGUGUGUGAUAUUGAUUUGUGAUUAUAAAUUUGUUGGGAUGGAAUUUUUGUUGGUAAUUAGUUGGAAUAAAUAGGUAUAUAGUAUGGUUUUCCAGA